UCCCGAGGCCUCGGUCGUUCCCACAGCCGUCCCGGGGGCCAUCUCCACGGAGCGUCGCCGGGGCCCCAGCGGUCGCUAGGCUGCGGGCUGGGGCUCCCGACCAGGCCCGGCUCCGGUGGCGGCGGCGGCGGCGGUGGCAGCGCGGAUGGCGGCGGCCCGCGGGCGCCCGUGGGUGCAGGCGCGCAGUGCGUACGGCGCGAGCGAGGCGCUGCGACGGGCCGUUGGCCGCCGGCGGGACCCCGGGCCGCAGCCCAAAGGGCCGGGCCCUGAAGAAGCCCGCGCCCCGGGACGCCUGGCUCGCCUGCGGGUCCAGCUCCGGGCGGAGGCGGCGGCGCUGGCCGACGCGCCUCGGCUGCUGCGGCUGGUGGAGCGCGCGGGGGCCGCGGCGGGGGAGGCCCGGGCGCCGGGGGCCGGGGAGCGAGCGGCCGCGCGCAGCAGCGGCUCCGUGUGCUCCGUGUGCGGGGAGCCGCGCGGCGGGGCCACCUACCCGGCGGGCGUCCUGGAGGUGAGCGAGCGGCGGCUGCAGGAGGGCCUGGCGGCUGUGCGCGCCGAGCUGGGCGCGGGGCUGGAGGCGCUGCGCGCGGAGCUGCGAGCGGAGCUGGACGCCCUGCGCGAGCUGCUGCCGCCCCCGCCGCCCCCGCCCGCCGGCCGGGAGCCCCGCGCGGCCCCCCGCGCCGCGCCCCGCGGCCCGGCCCUGCUGCGGGCACUCGGCACCAUGAACGCCCUGGCCGCGGUCGCGAGGCCCGCCGACGACGCCCCGGACGGCCCUGCGGACGGUGGCGCGAACAGCCCGGGCCAGAAGAACUUCAAGAAGACGCCGGUGCCGCCCGGGGCCCCGCAGGGUGGCGGGGAUUGAGGGCAGCCCCCCGAGGGUUGCCGGGACGGGUGCUGGAAGCGCCCUCGGGCAAUGUAUUUGUGUGGACAGACCCAACACCCCCGUGGAUGGAGAAGGGGCCUCAGGCACCGCCUGCUAGCGUUCGGGCUUUGGGGUUGGACGUCGGGCCGCGCACAGGCUGGGGACUCCUGGGGACCACGUCUGGGGAGUGCAGAUGGCUAAGCGCAGCGGGGGAUCAA